CAGAUAUCUAUAUAAAUUCUUUAAUUACCGCAGAAGAUCACGUAGUUAGGAUGGUCCAUUUACCGGGUCCGUACCGCGUGACCAUGGUCCGAGCUACCAGCCAGACGCACGGAUUAUGCCCUACUUAGAUGUCGCGAGAUUUGGAUCAGUAGCAUUAAUCCGUGUGCUCAAGCUGAGGGGGCGACUUAAUAUCGACACUAGUUGAGUGGUGGUGCCCAGAGACGCACACCUUUUAUUUACCAUGUGGGGAAUGUACCAUCACACUAAAGGAUGUCGCAAUGCGAUUAGGGCUCUCCGUGGACGAUGAUGUGGUAAUCGGUUCAAGCGGCAUAACAAAUCUUGCGGCACUCUACUAUGACUUGCUUGGACGCUCUCCCAGUGAUGGUUCCGAUAAAUUUACGGGUUUAGAAUUUUCGUGACUGAAGGCAAAUUUUGAAACAUUAUCAGAUUAUGCAACCGAGAUGGAGAAGAUACAGGCUGCUUGAGCCUAUAUACUACAACUUAUAGGGGUACUUAUGUAGGAUUCCAAUAAUAAUAAAGUCUACUUGAUGUAUCUGUCUUUACUUAGUGAUUUGCAAGCUGCCCAUUCCUACAGCUAGGGUUCGGCAAUACUAGCGACGCUAUAUCGUGAGCUUUUUCGGGGGACAAAACACAAAACUGUCGAUAUAGGUGGCAGCUUGAUACUGCUACAAUCUUGGGUGCUAUACAUGAUGCCAUUUCUGGUAUCAGUGGGUCACCAAGUACAUGUGUUCCCACUUAUGAAUAGAUGGUAUACUUGUCUGAGCAUUGAAAAGUCGGAAGCACUCAUUGUAUACCGACAGAUGAUCGAGGCAUACACCAAGGAUAGGUUCAUGUGGAUGUCGUAUAUCACGCCGGAUGUUGCUUCCGUCAUUCCUCCGUCGACUAGAGCAUAUGCAAUCGUGUGGUGUAUUAAUGCACCCAUUAUCAAUAUUCAAAUGGUGGAGUGGUAUGCCAGGGAUCAAGUGCUUCAUCAAUUCGGGUGUCGUCAACAUAUUCCUGACGUUCCUAUACAAUUGGGAAAAUAUGUCCACAAAAUUGACAAGAAAGGGAAACAUGCAAAGAAUUGGGCAUUAGAGCAUCAACCAUAUAUUGUGUUGUGGAACGUCCGGUUGGAGAGAAGGCCUUAUUUGGAAUCAUGUUUUCCUAAUUUCACUCCAUUGAGGGGCUACCAAUAGUGGCAUGUGUGGAAUGGGUUGCCCUAGUUAUAUGGUGGUCGAUUGAUGUUAGUCCCUCCACAUAUGGAAUGACGAGGUCUCCUACAAAGCCGUCCUGACGGCCUAUCGCGGAUGUGACCUGUUGGUCAUGGGCCCGGGUUCCAAUACCCGAGCCUGUUGGUCACGGGCCUGGGUUCCAAUACCCGAAAAUUAUUAGAUCUAUUUUUUUAGCUUAAAAGAAAUUAUAUUUUAUUAAAAAUAAUAGGGUAUCGCGUGAUAGGUUGGCGGCACCAAUAAAAAAUAUUUUUUUUCCUUUUUAUGCUUAUACAUGUAAAAAAAACACGUAUUUUGAGUUUGAAAUACAAGUGCCAUCGAUUGGUUAG